AUGAUUCAUAUGCUUAUUCAUGAUUCAUCUACAUCUCUUCCAUCCGACACCAAUACCAUCGAGUCUCUCAAUAGGCAUAGUAUUGCUACAUGUAAUGCAAAUAUGAAGGUUGAGAUCGAAAUGAAUUUCAAAGAAGAUGUUGCCUUUUGUCACGUUCUCCUUGCCCAGUCGCAUAAUAUCAAAUUUUCUUAUCGCAACAAUUCUAAGGAGAAGAGAGACGAAAGGAACAGAAGAAGGAAAAAUCGCCAUGAAGAAAGUCAUCCACCAGAACGACGAAAUCAAGGAAUUGAAACUCAAGGAGAAUUAGCUGUGAAUUUAUUGUCCAAAUUCUUGGACGAUGUAAAUCAACAAUCACUGUUUUCAUCUUGGUCUUGUGGUCACAUGUCGCGACGUUUGAGCGGAUCACCCUUUCAAAACGACAAGGAAGUGGUUCUGAAUGCCGUUCGAAACGAUGGCACUGCUCUCGAAUUUGCAAGCAAAAAGUUGAAACAAGAUGAACAAGUGAUACGAGAGGCCAUUCAACAAAAUCCAUUUGCCAUUCUUUAUGUUCAUGCACGAGUUCCACAGGGACGUGAAAUGGUGAAGAAUGUUUGCAGAGACAACCUAACAUUUAUGCCUACGGUCCUUCUAAAUUGA